AUGGGAGAAGUGCGUGUAUGGGUGGGUUUGCUUCUGGCCAUGAGCAUCUCUUCACUUCUAUUGGUCCUAAGGAACUUGUUGGAAGCGAAGUUAGCACCAAGGAUCCAGCCAACCGAAAGCUAUCUUGUCACCAUGGUUCAGAUAUUCCGAAUCCUCAUGGGACAAGGCAUCCGGAUACCUCGGACCUGGAGACGUCGCCUGCUGCCGGGUGUCUGGAUACUGUUCGGCCAGACACUCUCCCUGGGCUACAGCGGCACCCUCAUAUCCUACAUGGCCCAUCCGGGCCUCGAAGAGGCUGUGGACACCGUGGCCAAGCUUGCCCAAGCCAUCCGGAAGGGAACCUUCACAUGCGGAACAAUCAGGGACGCUGCUGAACACUCCAUGCUCCGGGUGCGUUGA